AUGGACAAACUCCAAGACAGGAUCCUGGAGGAGACUGAGCCUUUCCAGAGCAGUGUGUCCCUGCAACCAGGUUCCUACCAGCUGCAGAAAGAGAGAGAGUCCUUUGGCCUGACGCUGGACACACACGGCUUCUCUCCAGAGGAGCUGUCUGUCAGACAGGGCAGGAAGCUGACAGUCAGUGGGAAGUCAGAGAAGAAGCAUGAGGACGGGAAAGACUCCUACUCUUAUAGACUCCAUGAGUUCAGACAGGAGUUGGAUCUGCCUGAAGGAGUGAACCCCUCACAGACAGAAGGCAGCAGAGCAGAGACACACAACUGA